AUGGCUUGUUGUUCGAGAAACAUAAUAAAAACAGUUAACGCAAAGAGAAGAAGCAAUAUUAUGAGUGAACAAAAAAAUGACUAUGGUAAAGAUGACAUGAAUGAAUUAAUUACCAUAUGUGAUAAUAAGGUAUCUGUUGUAAAUAUAUUAAAAAAAGGUAAUGAACAAAUGACAAAAAUAAAAGGAAAAAAUGAGAAUUAUAGGAAAUCCAUUCCUCCUAAAUCGAAUAUAUUAAAAUAUUACGAAGCUAAUUUUUUAAAAGACAAAAAAAAUAAAAAUAAUAAUAACAGUACUUUAAUAGAGAACGAGAACAAGAACAAAAAAAAAAUUAAUAAAUCAGAUGAACAAGAUAAUAAUAAUGAUGAAUUAAAUUCGAAAGAAGUUUUUUCAAAGCUAAAAACAAAAGAAAAAUUGCAAGUAUUAGAUGAAGUGGAAAAACAACUUCAAGAAUUUAUGAAAGAUGAAAAAUUCAAUAUGUACAAUGAUAUCAUAUUUCUUAAUAUAUAUUCCUUAACGCAUAAACGAAUAUAUUCCAUAUUAAAUAAAAAAAACAAUAAAGAGGAAUACUAUAGCUGUAAUGAAAUUUUAGAAAUGAUAUUAAAAGGAGAUCUACAUAAAAAUUGUCUCAUAAAAAGAAAAUCUGAUUCGCAAUAUUUUACUUUAAAAGAAAAAAUAAGUGAAAUUCAUUUUUUAAAAUAUCUUGAGUUACAAUAUUAUUUGAAAAAACAAAAAAAGGAGUAUCAUAUGAAAUCCAAAAUAGAAAAUAAUUAUGAUAAAGAAAAUACAUUAUAUUUAAAAUUUAGUGAAUCUUUAUUAGGAGAUAAAGUAAAGUCUAUAAGAAAUUUUCUCAUAUCUCCUUAUGAUAAAGAUAUGGUAGAAGUUAUAUUAAUUCCAAAGCAUAAAAAUUUUGAUAAAUUUUCUGGAUAUCAUAAAAUUGUUUCCAAUUUAUUUAUAACUAAAUAUAUUUCUGUAUAUUUUUAUCAUAUUAUAGAAAAAAAAAUACAAAAAUAUAAUUUAAUAAAAAAGAAUGGUCCUAUUUAUAUAAAAAUGAAAUUAAAAACAAAUUAUCCAUUAGCCAUCCAAACCAUUUUUAGAUAUAUAUUCGAUAAAACAUUUAAAUUACAUGAUUUAGAUUUUAAACUUUUAGUUACAGUAUAUAUUGAAUGUAUACAUUUUAAAAUUUUUAGUAUAAUAAAUGAUAUAACAAAUGCAAUUAGUGAAAAGGCAAACUUUAAUAAUAUAAUACAAGUGUUAAAUAUGUCUUCUACUUUUAAAGAAACACCUAUUUUCAAUGAUUUUGCACGUAUUAUUUCGGAUUCUGCAUUUUAUCUAUUUGCUAACGAUUAUCAUUAUUUAUUACAUGUAGAAAUAUACAGCUUUCUUCUAAGUCUUGAUAAUAUAAUGAUAAACGAAAUGCGAAUUUUUACGGAAUCCAUAAAAUUCAUUAUUGUAAAUAAUUGUCAUAUGAAAGAACAGAAAAAUAUUUUUGAAAACAUUCGAUUCAACUUAUUAAAUAAUGAACAUAUCUAUGAAAUACAACAGUAUAUUAAAAAUUGUUUUAAAGACAUUAUGCAUAAUAAAUAUGAUAGAAGUAAUUUUAUCUGCAUGCGAUAUAAUAAACCAAAAGAAAAAAACGAAUGUGAUAAUAUCACAAAUCAAUCUGACAAUAAUUUAAAUGAAGUUAAUGAAAAUAAAUUAGUAGCAUCUGAUAAUAAAGGAAAGCCAAAUAUAAAAAAAUGUAAUUUAUCAUUUUUAAAAGAAAUAAAAAAAUUAAAUAAAGUUUAUAAAAAUAUAAAUAAUGAAUCUUUUGAACCUCCAAAUUGGAAUAAUACAGAAAAAAAAGAAAUCUCCAAUAAGAAACUUACUGAAUGUAUGAAUAAUAUUUAUAAUAUAUUAUUUGAUAAUUUAUUUACAAAAAUAUUAAAUAAAGAAAUAAAACAUAGAUAUAAUAUUUGGAAUGAAAAUAAAGAUUUCGAAUGUGUUAAUAAUUUUAUAAAUGAAAAUUAUUCUACUCAAUUAAUAAAAAGAAAAAGUAAAGAACAAAAUUAUGCAUUUACAUAUGGAGAUGAAAGACUAAUAAAUGAAUGUAAAUUAUUUUUUGAAAUUAUAAAAUGUAAAAACAGUAACUUAUCCAUUGGUAUCAUAUUAAAAUCAAAUGAAUUAUAUAAUUAUAAACAACAACAACAUUAUAGUAAAAUAUCAAAUAUAUUGACAGAACAAAAUGACCACUUAGUUAUAUAUUUUGACUUUUUUGUAAAUGAUUUUUAUGUAUGUAAUAUAAAUUAUAAAAAUUCAACAUUAAUAAAUAAAACAAAAUUAAAUAUAUAUGCACAUGAAAAUAAAAUAAAAGAUAAAGAUAUGAUUGAAUAUAGCAUAAGUAUUAUUAAUCACACUCUUAAUUUAGAUAUAAAAAUUCUACCUAAUAAUAUUCAUUUCAAUUAUUCUUUAUCAAUUUUAAAACCAAAAACUCUUUUAGGAGAUAUAAUUAAAAAACCAUUUAUUAAUAUUAAACCCUUUUUUAUGCUUAAAGAUUCUUAUGAUUCUAUAUGUAUACCUUGUAUCAAAUUUAAAAAAAAAUUUUAA